GGAGGGGGCGCGGUGAGGGGAGGGGGUGUAGGAGGAGGAGGAGGGCAGCGGCGUUUAACAGAUUCACUCGGCGUGAGCGCGAUCGGCACAACUCGCGAGCGAGCGGACGCGGCGUGCGAUUCGCGACCGCGGGGUUUCUAUCGCGCGCUCUUCCCCUACCACCCUCCCCCCCUCGGCGCGCCCCCAUCACCCGUACAAUCGUCGUCUCUCCUUCACGCAAAGCAGGCGCGAGCACCGCGUCUAUCGCACAGCCUUCGCGCCCGUGAGAUCCUUCGUAAUCCCCGCCGCCGCUGUUCGCCGCUGUUCGCCGCUCACGUGGGGUCGCGUCGGGCGGCCGCGCCCGUGGGAACAGCUGUCGCGAAAGCUCUCGCGGACGCGAUAUCGUCCCUGAGGCGAGCGGACGAGCGAGCGGACGAGCGAGCGGGAGGGAGGAGGGCGAGAGGGGAGCGGAGGGGGGAGAACGAGGGAGGGAGCCAGCGGACGAAGGAACGAAAAAUAAACCCGUGAUUUGUUAAGUGACCCUGAGAUAGACAGAGUGAAAGAGAGAGAGAGAGACGCGAUCACAAAAAAACCCACGGACAUCGCUUACUCCCGUCUCGCCAUGGAAGCCCUCUCGGGUCACAUGUCGGCCGCGGGUGGACCGGGUUGUGGGCCGCACCCGCAGGGCGCUCCCAAAUCACCCGAAAUGCGCCUCAUGGAGCCGCACUACGGAGGCGGUCGCGGCGGAGGUCCCUCGCUCAAACCCAACCAGGUCCGCGAAGUCACCCUCUACGGAGUCCCCAUCGUCUCGCUCGUCAUCGACGGCCAGGAGCGCCUGUGCCUGGCGCAGAUCUCCAACACGCUGCUCAAGAACUUCAGCUACAACGAGAUCCACAACCGGCGCGUGGCGCUGGGCAUCACCUGCGUGCAGUGCACGCCCGUGCAGCUCGAGGUGCUGAGACGCGCGGGCGCCAUGCCCGUGUCGUCGCGCCGCUGCGGAAUGAUCACGAAGCGCGAGGCCGAGCGGCUGUGCAAGUCGUUCCUGGGCGAGUGCGCGCCGCCGCGGCUGCCCGAGAACUUCGCCUUCGACGUGUCCCACGACUGCGCCUGGGGCUGCCGCGGCAGCUUCAUCCCCGCGCGCUACAACAGCUCGCGCGCCAAGUGCAUCAAGUGCACCUCGUGCGGCCUCUACUUCUCGCCCAACAAGUUCAUCUUCCACUCGCACCGCACGCCCGACGCCAAGUACACGCAGCCCGACGCCGCCAACUUCAACUCGUGGCGCCGACACAUGCGGCUCACCGACAAGAACCACUCGGACGACCUCCUGCACGCCUGGGAGGACGUCAAGGCCAUGUUCAACGGCGGCUCUCGCAAGCGCACGCUGCCGCCUUCCUCCAGGAUCUCCGGCGGCGGAGGAGGAGGAGGCGGAGGAGGAGGCGGGGGAGGUGGAGGAGGAGGUGGCGGAGGCGGCGGUGGCUCGGGACGCGGCCACGGAUUCGGCCUGGGUCCCAUGCUGAGCCAGACCAUGGCCGGGGGCCCCAAGCGCCUGCGGCCGUGCGACGAGGACGAGGCGGCCGCGCUGGGCCUGGCCGAGGGCGUGCGCAGCUACCCCGUGAUCCCCGUGCCCAGCAAGACGUUCGGCAGCGUCCUGCAGAAGCUACCCGCGCCCGUCUUCCCCAGUCCCUACGGCUUCCCCGCAUUCGGCCUCUGCCCCAAGAAGGACGACGCCGCCUCCGCGGCGGCAGCCGCUGCCGCCGGCGGCCGCCGCCGCCGCCGCAGCUGCCGCGGCCGUCGGGCCCCCUCCGCAGCAGCCCCCCAAAUACCCAAACUUCUCGGGCAUCUUCUGGCCACCCCACGGCGGCCUCAAAGACGCGGUGGUCUACCCGUCCUUCCACAUGUUCUGGCCGACUCGCAACGGCGCCACCCUGAGCGCCGUGCCCGGAUACCCGCAGCUGCAGCCACCGCCCGCGCUGCAGCAGCAGCAGCAGCAGCAGCUGCUAUCCGAGGCGCACAAGCGGCACGGGGAGCAGCAGAGAGGCGGGGGAGACGGCUCGGAGCAGAGCGACAUCAGCUUCGCGGAGAGCGAGCACUCGCGCCACGAGGACAACCGCUCCGGGGAGGAGACGCGCGCCUCCUCGCUGGGGGACGGGCACCUCUCGGCGGCGUCUCCGAUGCGCAAGCAGAGCGCGCCCGGCGGCGUCGCGACCACGAGCUACCUCUCGGCCUUCCGGCCCGUGGUGAAGGACGCGGAGAGUUUCGCGAAACUUUACGGCAACCGCGACGCGUUCGGCGCUGGCGGCAUCGGCUGCAUCGGCGGCGCGGGGAUCCUCGGCGGUGUCGGUGGCGGUGGCGGGGUGGUGGUGGUGGCGGCCGGGGGAGGAGGAGGAGGUGGAGGAGGAGGAUGGCGGGAUGGGGAGGCACUGCGUCUUGUCCCCGGACCUCCUGAGCGAACCGUCGUCCUACCACUCGGAGAUGCUGAGCGACGGCGCGUGCAGCGAGGCGGAGAGCGAGCAAGACGUGGACGUGGAGUCUCACAAGCAGACGGAGGCGGAGGACGAGGUGGAGGAGGAGCUCCUGCCCCAAGACGACGCCGUGG